GUUUUGACAGGAAAGCUCGAAAGUGACAGCUGAGUGUUGGAAUCUGCAUUUUUACUCAUUUAGACAGCUAAAAGACAGUGUCACAAUAAUAUCACCAAGCUAAACGAAAGUUUAAUGCAUUAUAUGAUACAAUAUGUGUUUUAAAAUGAUCCAGUUUAAAUAUAGGUGACCUCAAAAACAGCUGGAACUGGAUAGUUUAUUUGUUUCCAAGGAAACCAUAUUACGGAAAAUCUUGACAUCCAAAAACAUUUCUUAGGUCAGAAGUUAAUCGAUCAAGAUGACGGACGGGGAGUGCGUAAAGGUAAUUGUAAGGUGUCGUCCUAUGAACACCCGAGAAAAGGAACUAAAAUGUGAGUGUGUUCUCAGCAUGGACGGCAAACGUGCCCAAUGUACAAUAAAAAAUCCAUCAGAUCUAAAGGCACCUCCAAAAGUGUUCACAUUUGAUGGAUCUUAUUUCACAGACUCGGUGACGGAAAAUAUAUAUGCAGACAUAGCCUAUCCUUUGGUGGAGGGCGUGACGGAGGGAUACAAUGGGACAAUCUUCGCCUACGGUCAGACAGGAUGUGGUAAAUCAUUUACAAUGCAAGGUAUCACCAACCCCGCAUCCCAACGAGGCAUCAUUCCGAGGGCUUUUGACCACAUUUUCGAGACAGUUUCUGUGGCCGAAGAAACAAAAUUUCUCAUCCAUGCAUCAUAUUUGGAAAUCUACAAUGAAGAAAUUCGAGAUUUAUUAGGGAAAGAUGCCAAAGCAAAAAUGGAUCUUAAAGAACACCCAGAGAAAGGAGUCUAUGUCAGUGGACUUUCAAUGCACCCAGUACACAAUGUCACAGAAUGUGAGCGUAUAAUGGAAAAGGGUUGGAAAAACCGUGCUACAGGUGCCACACUCAUGAAUGCUGACUCAUCUCGCAGCCACAGUAUCUUUACUAUCAACUUAGAGAUGAUACAGGAAGAUGAUGAAGGAGAAGAACAUAUCCGUGCCGGAAAACUUAACCUUGUCGAUCUGGCUGGCAGUGAAAGACAAUCCAAAACAGGUGCUACUGGAGACCGUCUGAAGGAGGCCACAAAGAUCAACUUAUCAUUGUCUGCCCUGGGAAAUGUCAUAUCUGCACUUGUUGAUGCAAAAACCAAACAUAUCCCGUACAGAGAUUCCAAGCUCACACGUCUUCUACAGGACUCUCUUGGAGGUAAUACAAAGACCCUUAUGGUUGCUUGUUUGUCACCGGCUGACAAUAACUAUGAGGAGACUAUAAGCACACUACGUUACGCGAACCGUGCCAAGAACAUCCAGAACAAACCCAAGAUCAAUGAGGACCCUAAAGAUGCCCUGCUGAGAGAAUACCAGGAAGAGAUCACCAAACUCAAAGCUAUGUUGAUGGGGCAGCUCCCGAUCCCUGAGGGAGGCUUCCAAGGUGGCGCUGCUCCAGUGGCAGUCAAGGCAGGACAGGCGUCCACAAGUAACACGGACCAGGUACGACAGGAACUGGAGGAGGAAAAAGAAAGCAUUCGACUAGAAUAUGAUGCAAAGAUGCAGGAAAUGAAGGAGGAAUUUGAAAAGGAGAAAGUUAGCAAAGCCAAGGCAGAACAAAAUCUUGUCAAACUACGGGAAUACUACGACAGUAAACUCUCCUCUGUCGACGGGCAGCUGAAGGGCUUGCCACCUACUGCAGCAGUCCUGGGGGAGAUAGAGUGGAACAAGGAGGAGGGAGGCGGAGUCAAGGGAGGAGCUAUACUAAAAAUCAAUGAGGAAGGCAAUGAGGAAGAGUGGCAAGAGGCCACAGUGGGGGGCAAACAGUCCCAGGGGUCCGCGGCCGGACAAUGUGAAGCUGACAUUGAAGGUGAGGAAGAAGGUGAAGGUCAGGUAUCUGGUCAAGGUCGAGUAGCUGGUGCAGUAGUUGUCGGCGCAGUAGUAGCAGGGAAGACAGCAGGCACUCCCCGGGGCCAAAAAUCUAAAAAGGGUCCCUCCCAGAAAAAUGGAAGUGGUCCUCAACAAAACAGUUCUGCUCCUGGUUCUGCUCCAGGUACUGCUUCAGGUAUUGCUUCAGAUGCUGACCCUGGGAUAGGGGAAGAGGAAGGGGAUGGGGAACUUGAGGGGAUUAAUGAUGAGGAUUUGGACUCACCAAGGACUGGAGCAGAAAAUGAAUUCAGAGAAGAGCAGGAUCAAGGGCGCCCUAGCUCUGUGAUGGGGGCUGCCAUGCCUGUCGGCCCAGGGACUAGUACUGGAGACUUGAGCAAAGUGGUCAUCAAAGGAAGUGUCCCACUUCAAGAACAGUAUCCAUCAGAAAAUGGAGAGAUUGUACAGGGUCAGGGUCAAGUGUUACCAGGCCAGGAGGGACAGGUCAACCAGGGAGGUCAAGGCAUGAGUGGGGCCGUGACAAAAGGAGGGAGGGCCGGAGAACAGGAGGGAAUGGUGGCUCCUAGUUCUUCUCCUACCCAGUCAAACAUGCAGGAACACCUCAAACUACAACAGGAGGAGGCACUCAAAAGGAUUCAGGAACUGGAGAUGCAGAUGGUGGGCGGGGAAAACAAGAACAACACAGAAGUUAAGAACAGACACAAGAAGCGCAUGAAGUUUGCCGAUGAACGAAAACAGAAAUUAGCUGAGGCCAUCAUCAACAUGGAUGACGACUACAUUAUGUUGGAAAUAUACGACAAUGUUCAGGAUGAGGUGAAGGCAAAAACUGAACUUCUGAAGAAAGAAAAAGAAAGGGUGGAAGGUCUGGAACGAGAGAUCAUUGACAUCCAAUCAGAGUUUCAAUUUGAUAAAAUUGAUUACUUGGACACAAUUCGCAAACAACAGAAAGAACUACAGUUGUACCAGUCCCUGUUGGACAAAGUACACCCCUGUCUUCGAAAAGACUGUAACUAUAGCAACUUAGACAGAAUCCGAAUGGAAUGCAAAUGGGAUGAAGAUGAAGAAAAAUGGCUACUGCCGCGAUUGAUGAUCCAGACAACAGCACUUCCUGUUGCAGAGACCACCCUGUGUACAAGCCCUGAGAUGGGAUCGAUAAACAAAGAGGGAGUGAUGCCAGGAACGCGGAUGGAUCCUAAGUCUCGCAGCCGAUCUUACGUCAACGGAGACGUCAAUGCCAGCGUCUACGACCAAGAGGAGGAUCGUUACAAAGAAAAAAUUAUGUACAAAGAUGACAAGUCAUCCAAGUACUUCCAAACCAAGAGAGCAAACCAGCUGCUACAGACACACGGAGGUGAACCUGUCAGCAAAGUCAAUAUGUCUGAGAUAAAAGACACCCUGAAACAAAGGUCUCCCAAUAAUUUCCCAUCAUCGAACGGAUUUGGUAGUCAUGACGAUGGUAUGAGCAAUGGAUUACGUGCGGCUGCAGUCCAUGGUCAACUGAUGCAGGAGGACAAUAUGGUUCGUCGACCCAUGCGCCUGGAAGCUUUACCUUCUGUUGGAUCUAUGGGGAAAACAAAGAAGAAGAAAAACAAGCCUUACUAAUACAAUGUAUAUUGAUUCCACAAGUUCUCUAAAGUAAGGAUUGGACAGGUAUUAGUUUGGAUGGACUUGAAUAUCAGUAUGUCAAAUUAAAAAAGGUAUUAAACAAGCGGAUUCCAGGAGAGUGAAUAUUUGAAAAAACAAAAACAAAAAACUUAGAUGUUUGUUUUUUCAACUUUCUCGUAUUACAAUCCACAAUAUUAGUGUAAUUUGAAACUACAUAUUAGUUCUAAGUUUUAGUUUUCAAAAUAUACCUGCAGGAAUUAGUACCGAACUAUGCAUAAUAUGAACUGAGGCAAGUCAUUGUCAAACUAAUACUUGUGCACUUCAGCUCUCUCAGAGAACCUGUGUAUAUAUUAUUGUAUUUAUAUUGAGGGUGUCGAUGCAAUCACAUACUAGACAGGUAGCCACUGGCUGUUCAGAUGUCCGACAUAAUGUUAGCAAAGUUUGUUUUAUAAUUCUUUGGGGUUUUAUAAAAUUAUAACAUUUCAAAAUUCUUGACACCAAAGCAUGUCAUAAAAUUAUUUCAAUUAUCACAUAAUUAUAGUUUGCAAUUCAAUGGGGUUGGCAGAUUGGAAUGUAAAAAAAAAAGAAAAGUAAAUAAUAAUGAAAUAGAAUCAUAUAAAAGUUACAAGUUGAAUGUGUUAAUUAUGAAUGUUUUAUAAGUGUUGUUAUGAGACGAGUGAUAUGAUACGCUGACAACAGGAGAUUUGUCAGUACUAUGGUCCACACACUGUGGAUACAAUAGCAGCGACUAUAGGAUGGCAUAAUGUUUUACCACAAUCUACAUUGUUUUAUGUCAUUGUGUUUCUCUAUUUCAUCUUGAUCACUUUAUUUUAUGAGAGGAGACAGGGGUUUCAACUUUCGGUGUAAAUUCAGUGUCAUGACAUGGUUUAUAAAACUUACCGAUGACUAUAUGAUAUGAAAUAACUUUAAACACUACAGAUAAUUACAAAUGUAUAUAACAUGAAUAUCUAUAUACUGGUGAUAAUUAUAUAAAGUUUCAGAAAGUAACAUAAUUUCAGUACAUAUUUCCCUGAUGAAGACACACAACUCGGAAUGUUGCUUUCAUUUAUGUAUAUAAAAUAUUCUCUGUUGAACAGAAAGUGCUGGUGCACAAAGUUUCACUGAAUAAAAGAAGCAGAUUUAGAACGUUUACACUUUGUAAAAACUGUGGAGACCAUUGUUUUUAAGGUGUAAAUUUUAUGUAUUUUUUUGCCGAGGUGUCAACUGCUUAUGAAAAAGAUGUUAAUGAAAGUCCAGCUUGGUGAACUUGUUUUACAUUUUUUGAAUGUAUCACUGGAUGCUUAUGUAAGAGGCAGUUCCAAUAAUACUUUGAAAAUAUAAGUCAACAAUCAGCCAUGAAUAUUUGUAUCUAUAUGUAAAUGCAGUUCUAAAAUGUUAUCUAAACUGCCCUCAAAUUUUGUUUUGAAAUAUGUUUCCUUUUGCAAAUGUUACACAUUAUCAUUAAUGACAAUUUUUUAAGUGUAUAUUUUAAGUAACAAUGACACAUUGUGAAUCCUCUGUGAAGAUACAAUCAUCACCAGUUACGACAGUACAUUAUUCAUCACCAGUUACGAUGGUGUUUUAUAUCACAAUCAGCAAUCGACACAUUGAUUUGUGAAUCUUUUGACUCACAGAUACAAUCAUUCCGUUUUCGCAUUCUAAGUUAUGAUGCACUCUCAUAUUUUCCUGUUCUGAAUUUACAUAAAGAAUGAAAUAUUUGAAAUUUACAUCUCUACCAGUAUUGACUGCCUCUAUUGAUGCAAUGCACAGACAUCUGAUUAUCAUAGAAUUUCAGAUAGACAAUUAACAUUCUAAGAAUAAAGAAAUUUAUUCCAAUCAAUUUUUAAACUAAAAUCUACAAAUAAGACAGAAGAAAAUGUAUAAACUAGUUUUGCUGCAAAAUCAGAUGGUCGUAGACUGUAGUUUUAAACACAGGGACUUGAUACGAAUUCCCAACUCACAUUCCACAUACAUGUAUUCUAUGUAUCUUAGUAUAAAUCUAUAAGGACCAUUGUGGUUGGGAAUAAGCGCCGAGCCCCUGUGAUUUUAAAUAUUUCUUUUUGUAUGUCGAGUCACAAAUAGCAAUACCGUGCAAUGUAGAGAAUAUGAUUUAGACAUUAUCAAGAGAUUGUUGUAUGUAUAUUUUUGUGCUGUGUUACUAUUUUCUUAAUUUAUGACGUGUUAUUAUCAUUGAAUGAUGAAUUUGUUCCAUUGCUAUUUGAAUCCAGAUGAGAUAGAUGCCUUGAUGGUUAAUUUUCCAUCAUGGUUUUAUCCUUUGGAAACUUGCUGACAAUUUUUUUGAAUUGAGAUAUAUAUUGAUGUAAAGUUAAGUUUGAUAGAGUGUGAAUUUUCAAAGCUUGAGUAUUCAAGUUUGUUGUGGAUUUGUUAUUACUGAGGUAUGCAUGUCAGGAGAUGUAUUUGUGUUUUGAGUGAUCUUCACUUGUUUGAGUAGUACAAAUGCUUACACACUAGAUUAGUUUAUAAACUGCAUUCCAUUUUAGUUAAAGCCUUUAAUGUUUCUAAUUUCAAUUUAAAAUAACAUGAUCUGUAGAGAUUAUCCACUUUGCCAAAAAACAAAGCUACAAAGAGAUAGAAAAGGUUUUGAAAUAGAAUAGAUUUAAGAUAAGUUCAGAUGUAAGUAUUUCCAAGUACAUGUACAAUGUUCACACAUAAAGUAUAAGUAGCAUACUGAGUAGAUACUGUUGUUAUGAUUUUUCUCAAAUACAAGUCAACACAGGGUUAGAAAUAGAAUUUUGCUGUGACGUGAGUGAAUUGUACGCAUCUUUUAUUUAUUCUUUUUUCGUCCAGAAUUUUAUAUCAACGCCCGCGCCCCCUCAUGAUAUCCUAUUCCGUCCAGAAUUUUAUAUCAAAUUCCCCCUCUAUAUUCCAUCCAGGAUUUUAUAUCAAAUUCCCCCUCCAUGAUAUCAUAUCCGUCCAGAAUUUUUUUUAUCAAACUUUCCCUCUGUGAUAUCCUAUUCCGUCCACAUUUCUCUAUGAUUUUAUUUCUUAAUUUAUGAUAUCUUUUGUAUAUAAUGACAAUGUUAUUUUUGCAGUAAUUUUAUCCCAGUUUUAAUUUGGUAAUUAUCUGUUUUAACAUAAACUUAAGUGUCCGAAAUGUUUAGAAUCAAUCAGUAAAUCAAUCAAUACCAUUUUCUAUGAAGUAUAUAACUUACAAACAUGAUUUAUCACUUUAUAGGUGUGAUUGCAUUGUUAACAUUAUGAUCAUAAAUCUAAAGUCAAUGCUUAGAUCUACAAAUUGGAAUUAUAUCCCAUAUAACAAUCUGUUCAAGUGAGUAAAUUCUUUUGUUUUUGCUUGGAUUGCUGGUAGACUGUAAAGUUCCAUAUUGAGUUAGGAAUGAGUCUGUACAGCUCCAUAUUGAGUUGAGAAUGAGUCUGUACAGUUCCAUAUUGAGUUGGGGUUGAGUUUGUACAGCUCCAUAUUGAGUUGAGAAUGAGUCUGUACAGUUCCAUAUUGAGUUGAGAAUGAGUCUGUACAGUUCCAUAUUGAGUUAGAAACGAGUCUACAGUUCCAUAUUGAGUUAGGAAUGAGUCUGUACAGCUCCAUAUUGAGUUGAGAAUGAGUCUGUACAGUUCCAUAUUGAGUUAGGAAUGAGUCUACAGUUCCAUAUUGAGUUAGGAAUGAGUCUGUACAGUUCCAUAUCGAGUUAAGAAUGAGUCUACAGUUCCAUUUUGAGUUGACAAUGAGUUUUGAACUUUUUACCCUUGAUUGCCUGUAUUGUAUUAGUGGGUGUUCACUUUUACAAACUGUAACCAGCAAUACUGACAAAUAAUUAUAUUUACCUUAUCAAUAUAAAAUGCAAAAUUCUUGUCAAAAAUUGCCAAAUAUGUAAUAAAUGUUGGUAGAUUUUAAAAUAUUUCCUAGCUCAUUAUAAUUGUAAGAUUAAGUUUGUUCAAUGCUUUUUUCACACCAACUUAGUUUGGUGCUUGUCCUACACACAGAUGAUGUCAUAUGGAAAGAGGAUCCACGGAAUGGUAUUUGAGGUGAACAGACCAAGGUUACUGAUGUUCAAUGCAGAAUUACCAUUGAAGUUUCUGUGCUUGUGACUAAAAAUUUAAAGUUACUGUAAGGGAGAUUUGAUGUCAAAGGUCAAGGUCACUGGUAUAAAAUGUAAUGUCGGGUACAUCCAUCAUAAGAUUGGUGUGAUUUGCAGAUUAAAACAAAUACGAUAUUUACAUAUCACAGACAGGUAGGCAAAAAUUUGAAUAUUUAAAUCCUCAAAGACCAAUCAGUAGAUGUAGAAUUGUAUAUCUGUAACAGGGAGUUCGAUCAGGUUACCAUACUGGUUAUGCUAUUGAAAUGUCUAAAAAAAAUUGACCGACAGAAAAGUUCUGUUUAGCAUUUGAAAUAUGGCCCAAAAUGUGCUAGUAUAGGAAUGAUCUUUGCUAGGUUUGUAUGUGAAGUUAAAGUUAAAACAUAUGUUCCAUUGUCCAACGAGUUACUUACUUUUGCUGUUGUUAUGGUUUCAUCUAACAAUACAUAGGUAAACUUUGCCUGUAAAAUGUGUAAGUUUUUUUGAUGCAUUGAUUUUGCUUAUUGUCACAACUGAAAUUCUAAUCAUUUCAGUUGUAUGAAUGCUCUGUGAAUAUUGUUUGUACUAUCGAAAAUUGCGGGAAAAAAACAAAACAAGAAGAAGCAUCAUGCCAAGAUUUGUUUCUUUUCAUUUUCUGCUUCAGUUGUUCCAUCCAAUGUCACAUUAUCCAUGGUUUUUUAUCAUUAUACAGUUGUUUUGCCACUGUUUUAGAUAUGUUGAGUGUUUCACUGUGAUACGACUACACGAGGGGUUGGCCCCCUAGUUAUCAUUGAUUGAUGUUUAUUCUUGUUAUACCAUUGUCAAUAAAAUGUCACAUUCCACUAGAAAUGA